AUCGAGGGGCCUUCAAUUCCCUUCUCCCCAUUUCUCUUCUCGCUUUAUCUCUCUCUCUCCCUCUCACUCGCAUCAAAACCCUAGAAAGAGGAAACCCUAGGGAGAAGCCAAUCGAAGCGAAGGCGAUCGCCUCCGCGAAGAAGGAUACCUUGCUCUCCGUCUCCACGAUCCCCUUGCUCGCUGCUCUAUAUGCUUCCAAAGAAGAGAGGAGCGGGAGCUGAGGUUCAGGAAGAGGUCGACGCGGGAGAAGAGUUGCUGAAGAAGGCGAAGGCAUCGGUCUCUUCGGCGGCGGAGGAGGAGGAGGAAGAGGCAUCGGAGGGCGAGGACAUGGCGUCGGAGAAGAACGGGAUGGAGUGCGACGGCGCUAACGGGAACAGCCCGCCGGAGAUCGACGAGGACCUCCAUAGCCGGCAGCUCGCUGUGUACGGCAGGGAGACGAUGCGCCGGCUCUUCGCCUCCAAUGUCCUCGUCUCGGGGCUCCAGGGCCUCGGGGCGGAGAUCGCAAAGAACCUUGUUCUUGCAGGUGUGAAAUCUGUGACCCUACAUGAUGAAGGUAAUGUUGAGCUGUGGGACUUAUCGAGCAAUUUCUUCUUUUCGGAGGAUGAUGUUGGUAAGAACCGGGCUCUUGCUUGUGUUCAAAAGCUACAAGAGCUCAACAAUGCUGUUCUGAUUUCUACUCUUACCGGUCCUUUGAGCAAGGAGCAGCUUUCCAGUUUCCAGGCUGUAGUCUUUACUGAUAUUGCAUUAGAGAAGGCAAUCGAGUAUGAUGAUUACUGUCACAAUCACCAACCGCCAAUUGCCUUCAUCAAAACUGAAAUUCGAGGCCUUUUUGGCAGUAUAUUCUGUGACUUUGGUUCUGAAUUCACUGUCGUAGAUGUGGAUGGCGAGGAACCGCACACAGGCAUCAUCGCAUCCAUCAACAACGACAAUCCUGCUCUUGUCUCAUGUGUUGAUGAUGAGCGGCUUGAGUUCCAGGACGGGGAUUUGGUCGUCUUUUCUGAAGUCCAGGGAAUGACAGAGCUGAACGAUGGAAAGCCACGAAAAAUUAAGAAUGCUAGACCAUAUUCAUUUAUGCUUGAGGAAGACACAACAAAGUUUGGCGCUUAUGAGAGAGGCGGAAUAGUUACACAAGUAAAGCCACCUAAAAUUUUGCACUUCAAACCCUUAAAGGAUGCUAUUAGGGACCCAGGGGAGUUCCUUUUAAGCGACUUCUCCAAGUUCGACCGCACGCCUCUUCUGCAUUUGGCUUUCCAAGCGUUGGAUAAGUUUAGAAAUGAUUUGGGACGUUUUCCUACUGCUGGUUCUGAGGAUGAUGCUCAAAAGCUGAUAGAUUUGGUUGCCAGUAUCAAUGAAACAAUGGGUGAAGGUAAGCUGGAAGAGAUUGAUAAGAAGCUUCUGCACCAUUUUGCAAGUGGUUCAAAGGCAGUUUUGAAUCCUAUGGCUGCAAUGUUUGGUGGUAUUGUGGGGCAAGAGGUUGUUAAAGCCUGUUCAGGAAAAUUUCAUCCGCUUUUCCAGUUCUUUUACUUUGAUUCUAUUGAAUCACUUCCUACUGAACCAUUAGAGCCUAGUGACGUGAAGCUGCUGAACAGCCGAUAUGAUGCCCAAAUCUCAGUAUUUGGAUCUAAGCUGCAAAAGAAACUGGAAGAGGCCAAAAUAUUCAUGGUUGGCUCUGGUGCUCUCGGAUGCGAGUUUUUGAAAAACCUAGCGCUAAUGGGUGUUUGCUGCAGUCAAAAGGGAAAGCUAACCAUAACAGAUGACGAUGUUAUUGAAAAGAGCAAUCUUAGCCGUCAAUUUCUCUUCCGUGACUGGAAUAUCGGGCAGGCUAAAUCCACUGUGGCUGCUGCCGCUGCUUUGUCGAUCAACCCUAACCUCCACAUCGAGGCUCUUCAAAACCGAGCAAGCCCAGAAACAGAAAAUAUAUUUGAUGAUGCCUUCUGGGAGAGCUUGGAUGCUGUUAUAAAUGCACUUGACAAUGUGACUGCUAGAAUGUACAUCGAUUCUCGGUGCUUAUAUUUCCAAAAGCCUCUUUUGGAAUCUGGAACUCUGGGUGCGAAGUGUAACACACAGAUGGUGAUUCCUCACUUGACGGAGAAUUAUGGAGCCUCAAGAGAUCCACCGGAGAAGCAGGCACCUAUGUGCACUGUUCACUCUUUCCCGCAUAAUAUUGAUCACUGCUUAACAUGGGCGAGAUCCGAGUUUGAGGGUCUCCUAGAGAAGACACCAACUGAAGUAAAUACUUUCCUAUCCAACCCGAGUGCAUAUGCUGCUGCAAUGAGAAACGCAGGGGAUGCCCAGGCUAGGGAUCAACUUGAACGUGUUUUGGAAUGCCUUGAUAAAGAUAGAUGCGAGACUUUCCAGGAUUGUAUCACCUGGGCACGGCUAAAGUUUGAGGAUUACUUCUCUAAUCGUGUGAAGCAGCUGACAUUCACUUUCCCAGAAGACUCUAUCACCAGCUCAGGAGCUCCAUUCUGGUCUGCUCCUAAACGUUUUCCACGACCGUUGCAAUUCGCAUCUAGUGACCCGAGCCACCUCAACUUUAUAUUGGCUGGUUCUAUAUUGAGGGCGGAUGUGUUUGGAAUUCCCAUUCCAGACUGGGCCAAGAACCCAAAGAAGUUUGCUGCUGCUGUCGAUAAGGUACUUGUCCCUGAGUUCCAGCCGAAGCAGGGAGUUAAAAUUGUAACAGAUGAGAAAGCCACUAGCCUCUCGACUGCCUCCAUUGAUGAUACUGCCAUGAUCGAAAAUCUCAUCGCGAGGUUGGAAGACUGCGCCAAGAAGUUGCCCCCAGGAUUUAGGAUGAAGCCUAUACAGUUUGAGAAGGAUGACGAUACAAACUACCACAUGGACUUUAUAGCUGGGCUCGCCAACAUGCGCGCGAGAAACUACAGCAUCCCGGAAGUCGACAAGCUGAAGGCCAAGUUCAUCGCUGGGCGGAUCAUCCCUGCCAUUGCCACCUCCACCGCCAUGGCCACCGGCCUCGUCUGCCUCGAGCUCUACAAGAUCCUCGCUGGCGGGCACAAGCUCGAGGACUACCGCAACACGUUUGCCAACCUAGCGCUCCCUCUCUUUUCCAUGGCCGAGCCGGUCCCGCCCAAGACGAUCAAGCACCGGGACAUGAGCUGGACGGUGUGGGACCGCUGGACCAUACACGGCAACAUCACCCUCAGGGAGCUUCUCGAAUGGCUGAAGCAAAAAGGGCUGCAUGCUUACAGUAUCUCCUGCGGCACGUCUUUGCUUUACAACAGCAUGUUCCCCAGGCACAAGGACCGGCUGGAUAAGAAGGUGGUCGACGUGGCGAAGGAGGUCGCAAAGGUGGACGUGCCCUCGUACCGUCGCCACCUGGACGUCGUGGUGGCGUGCGAGGAUGAUGAGGACAACGACAUCGAUAUUCCGCUAGUUUCCAUUUACUUCCGGUAAAUUCUAGAUUCAUGCCUAUUGAAAGGAAAAUGUCAUAAAUAUGUCAUCCGUUACCGUAACCUGGUUUGCUUUGGAGUUGGUCUCGUGCCCCCAUAAAGGGCAUAAUGCUGUUAAAAUUUACGAAUUUCUCCGCGCGCAACUUUCUUUGUAGCCGUGUCAUUUGGAUUUACACUUGCAUCCUAUGGCAUAAAUAUACUAUUAUGCAGUUGUUUUUUCCCUAGGAUUUCUA